AUGGUACCUCUGUCCGUGGAUGCGACGGCCUCGGNUGGUCAUGUGAGUCAUCACGACCACCGAGGGCUGGAGACGCUGGACAAUGAUGCGGACUGGAAGCGUGUGGGCCGCGGGGAGACGGCGAUGGUACCUCUGUCCGUGGAUGCGACGGCCUCGGGUGGUCAUGUGAGUCAUCACGACCACCGAGGGCUGGAGACGCUGGACAAUGAUGCGGACUGGAAGCGUGUGGGCCGCGGGGAGACGGCGAUGGUACCUCUGUCCGUGGACGCGACGGCCUCGGGUGGUCAUGUGAGUCAUCACGACCACCGAGGGCUGGAGACGCUGGACAAUGAUGCGGACUGGAAGCGUGUGGGCCGCGGGGAGACGGCGAUGGUACCUCUGGCCGUGGAUGCGACGGCCUCGGGUGGUCAUGUGAGUCAUCACGACCACCGAGGGCUGGAGACGCUGGACAAUGAUGCGGACUGGAAGCGUGUGGGCCGCGGGGAGACGGCGAUGGUACCUCUGUCCGUGGAUGCGACGGCCUCGGGUGGUCAUGUGAGUCAUCACGACCACCGAGGGCUGGAGACGCUGGACAAUGAUGCGGACUGGAAGCGCGUGGGCCGCGGGGAGACGGCGAUGGUACCUCUGUCCGUGGAUGCGACGGCCUCGGGUGGUCAUGUGAGUCAUCACGACCACCGAGGGCUGGAGACGCUGGACAAUGAUGCGGACUGGAAGCGUGUGGGCCGCGGGGAGACGGCGAUGGUACCUCUGUCCGUGGAUGCGACGGCCUCGGGUGGUCAUGUGAGUCAUCACGACCACCGAGGGCUGGAGACGCUGGACAAUGAUGCAGACUGGAAGCGUGUGGGCCGCGGGGAGACGGCGAUGGUACCUCUGUCCGUGGAUGCGACGGCCUCGGGUGGUCAUGUGAGUCAUCACGACCACCGAGGGCUGGAGACGCUGGACAAUGGUGCAGACUGGAAGCGCGUGGGCCAUGGCGAGACUUCUAUGGUACCUCUGUCCGUGGACGCGACGCCAUCGGGCGGUCAUGUAAGCCAUCACGAGCAUCGUGACGCUGUGAAGGUUCCAUUUGGUGCAGACUGGAAGCGUGUGGGCCAUGGCGAGACUUCUAUGGUACCUCUGGCCGUGGACGCGACGCCAUCGGGCGGUCAUGUGAGCCAUCACGAGCAUCGUGACGUUGUGAAGGUUCCAUUUGAUAUGGAUUGGGACUACUCUCUCGGCCUUGCUUCGUUCGUUAAUGAUGUCAACUCGCAUCAAUUUCGAGAACUGUCAAAGAACACCUGGAGUAUCACUCGUCCUUCAGCUCCUUACCAGGCUAAUCUGCCAUAUGAAGACGCUUCAACCUUUAUAGAUUUUGUAUCACGCGCCCCAGGUCGCCUCAAUUUCAGUGCUGUAGAUCAAGAUGACAAUUCCGUGCGAGACCUUGUACCAAACGUGCACAUCUCGCAGCAUGAACACCGGUCGUAUUCUAAGCCGUUUGUGUUCGGCGGCUCCUCCAAAUCCCAGACCGAGGCCCCUCAAGCCUCCUCUGCAGAGGCUCAGACUCCCGCAGCUGAGGUGAACCGGAUUUUGCUGCAGCUUGGCUUCCGCGAGCCGAUUGCAGCAAUUGUUCGUGACUCACGUGCGGAGAAAUCCUGGAAUAUUUCCCAAACACACAAAGAUUAUUUCUGGGAUUUCACACUCUCAGAUGGAGGUGCAGAAGGUAGCCCAGCUCCAUAUUCGGACAAGUCUCUCUUUGAGCUGGUCGGUUCGGUUGCAUUUCGAGCGGGUGACAUGUCAAGUGAUUUACAUCGCCCUCGAUGGAACUCAAGUGCACGCGUAGACUCAAGCAACCGAUAUGUUACUUCAAUUUGGCGACCCGGUGAUGGCGAAGUCCCAACCACUAUCUUCCGGUCCUCGACAACCGGCCAAGAAGGUGUUUGGCACAACACUCGUACCCCUUUGGAAAGUAUGGAUUUGCCACCAACUCCUCGCCGACGUCGAGUGCGUGAACGUGCAUCAGUUGAUCUUGCUCGGUCACGAUCUUCAUCAGUGGCCGAGAUGGAUGUCUUUCAACACCCUCAGUCAAAAGAUGUCACCCCCGACGAUGAUGGCACACAGAGUGACACCCAUGCACGCCUGGACUGCACGCACUCGCCUCCGAUUGCCACAAAUGCUUCUUCAAAACCGCGUGCAAGCAGGCCUGACACUAGCUCUGAAGAGUUUUCUGAGCAAGCUUUGGACCGCUUACGUCGCCUGAGGCGCAUUAUGAAGCAACAACCGUUUUGACAAUUGUGUCGUGUUUCAUUAUCACUUUCCAUUCAUAUUGCUAUCGAUAAUUUCAAAACCGAUUCCCG